ACAGGUCCUAUUGUGACCUCAUGAGGAGCGACUGUGAGGAGGUCCAGCCAACAGAUGUUAAGCUGUAGCCAGGCCUGGAUUUCUUUGAGUGCUUUGAGAGGAGGUGUGGAGUGGAGCCCUCUGCGACUUGGUUGUAUCUAGUGAGCUGUGUGUGGUUGUAUCGGAUUUUACUGUACUGUGUAUAUGUGUAUGUGUCUAUGUGUGUACGAGAUGUGUGUUGACAGAUUUGCUUGUGUGUGACUGUGUGUACACUUUUGCCCGUGUUUGUCAGUAUAUGUAGGAGUGUGUGAGUUUACAGGUUUGUUUGUGUGUAUGUGUUUGUAUGUGUGUACGUUUUCUUGUGCAUGUGUGUGCCCCUGUGUGUAUGUUUGUGUGUGUCUGUGAUGUGCGUUUUUAUUGGUGUGCUUGUGUAUAAAUAUGUGUGUACCUGUUCAUAUGUGAUUGGGUUUUGUGUGAAUCUGGGUGUUUGUAAGAGUUUGUCUGUGUGAGUAUAAGUACACUUUUGUGUAUUUCUGUGUGUGCUUCUGUGUGUGCCUGUGUGUGUGUGUGCCUGUGUGUGUGUGUGUGUGUGUGUGUGUGUGUGUGUGUGUGUGUGUACACACGUUCCCAUCCCCUUUUGCCCCUUCUUGUAUCUAUAUUACCUUCACCUCAGUGCAAGAGAGUGUAGAGGCCAGAAGUCAGCUCGGGCUCCUGUUCCUAAGGUAGCAUUAGUACUGAUAAAAUGCCUACAGAGAUUGAGAAGGUUUUACCCCCUCCUAGUCCCGAUCCCAGUAUCUCUCAGGAGGGAACCUUUCAUUCCCAAUAUAAAGUACUGAAGACUAUUGGAAAAGGAAGCCAUGCCAAGGUCCUCCUGGCCCACCACCAGCUCACAGGAACCCCAGUGGCGGUCAAAGUUCUCCGAAAGAACAAGCAGUGGUUCCGGCCAGUCAUGACAGAAGCAAACAUAAUGAGAAAGAUCAACCACCCCAACAUUGUUUCUCUCUUACAAGUCAUUGAAAACAAAACUAGAAUAUACUUCAUAAUGGAGCUGGUGGAAGGCCAAGAACUCUACCAGUACAUCAGAGAGUCAGGGCACAUAGAGGAGGAUGAGGCCCGGCAAAUAUUUGAAAAGAUAUUGUCAGCAGUGAGCUACUGCCAUGGAAAGGGGAUUGUUCACCGAGACCUGAAAGUGGACAAUAUAAUGAUCGAUAAAAACAAAAAGGUCAAAGUCAUCGACUUUCAGCUUAGCACCGAAACACAACCUGGACAUAUGCUAAACCAGCACUGCGGUGCGUACUCUUUUGGUUCCCCGUAACUCUUCCUUGGACUUCUGUAUGACGGGAUGAAGAAUGACAUGUGGACAAUAGGAGUGGUCUUGUAUUAUAUGGUAGUGGGAAAGCUUCCAUUUGAUUCAGUGAUCAUCCAAGAAUUACAAAUACAAGUUGUUGCAGGGGUGUAUCCUGCCCCCUGUGGGGUUUUAGAAGAACUGGAGAACCUCCUUAGUCAAUUACUAACAGUAAAUCCAAUGUAUAGACCAACAGCCAGUGAGGUGAUGAAACACGCCUGGUUCAAAGAACACGGGAAGGGGUUCACAGGUCGUUGUGAAGAACUGCUUCCCCUCAGGCCAGACCCUGAAAUUUUUGGUGCGAUGAAAUGCAUGGGAUUUCAAGCCUCUGUAAUAAAAUACUCCCUAAUAAAAAGAAAAUAUGAUGAGGUAA